AAGGGUAGAAACCUCUCAGUCUUUGAACACAUGCCACCCAAAAACAUCUUUCUCUCUUUUAUUUCUCUCCAUCUGAAUCUUCCCAUUUUUCUAAGUCAUCUUCUUUUAAUUUCAUAAAUGCUGUUUGAUUUGGAGAACUUCUAGAUAAAGUAAGAACACAUUUUUUUAGGAGAAUCAGAUGAGUGUACGCAUGCCUGUAUGCGCACACACACUCUCUCUCUGUAGUGAAUCGAGUGGAAUACUUUGAAGAUGAAGAUUAAGAGUCUCAAGAAAACCACCGCAAGGUGGUCGUUCAUUCCAGAGGAUGCUUCACGGAACAGUUGGGCAUCUGCAGAGUUUGAUCUAGCUCAAAUCAGGUUAAUAGUGUAUCAAGACUGUGAGAGAAGAGGAAGGCAGGUUCUCUUUGACUCCAAAGCAAUACACAAACUGGACGCAUCCGAGCCGACUGCUGAUGGAAACAAAACUCCCCCCAAUCGGAGUGAUGCUUGCCAUAUCGGAGGCCAAGGAAAUGAGAAAGACAAGCCUCCUACAUAUCAGUAUACCAGACCAGCUUCGGACGUGAAUAUGCUUGGAGAGAUGAUGUUUGGCUCAGUUUCCAUGAGCUAUAAGGGUUCAACUCUUAAAAUUCACCACAUUCGGUCUCCACCACAGCUGAUGGUCAGUAAGGUUUUUUCUACCCGGUUUGGAAGCAGCACCUCUGGAAGUACAAAUACGCUGCAAGACAGUUUUGAGUCAAUGAGCCAAACUUUUCACACCAGCAGCAUAGGAGUUUGCCGUGUACCUAGCGCUCCUCUGCUCCGCCUGGCUCGGAGCGCAUCUUUCUUUGCAGCCCACAGUAAUCCAGUGGACAUGCCUAGCAGAGGACACAGUGAGGAUGGAGACAGUGGCAUUGCUCGAUCAGCAUCUCUAAGCAGUUUGUUGGCCACUCCCCUCCCCUCACCUGGCUCCUCCUUCAGCAGUGGCUGUGCCAGCAGUUACCAGAGGCGAUGGCUCCGUAGCCAGGCCACCAGUCUUCAACAUGGCCCCAUGCCUCGCUGGAGCACUGAAGAAAUGUUCAACCUGUCUGACGAGAGCUGCAGCUCCAACCCCGCGGUGAUCCGGAGGAAGAAGAUUGCCAUCAGCAUCAUUAUAAGCCUGCCAGAGAGAGAGGAGGAAAACCACAAUUUUCAGGAGUUUUUCUUCUCCCACUUUCCUCUGUUUGAGUCUCACAUGAACAAACUCAAGACUGCCAUCGAGAGGGCAAUGAUUCUGUGCAGAAGGAUAGCUGAGUCCAGUCAGCGAGUGCAGGUCUAUCUGUGUCGAGUGAUGGAAGCACUGGGAGAAUUCAGGAUGACUGUGUGGAACCUGUACAUGGCUCCCCGCAUCAGCGAGCCAGUCUGGCUUUCCAUGAUAUCCCAAAGUACCGAGCGAAACCUACUGUGCCAUCGCUUUCUGAAGGAGAUGAGUUUUCUGAUGGAGCACGGAGCCAAGAGCCAGUUUCUCUCAGCACUCCUCACUGCUGUUCUUACCCGUCACUUAGCCUGGGUUCCCACGGUGAUGCCCAGCAGCUUGCCGCCAAUCACACCUGCCUGCCAGAAACCUGCCUCACAGACAGUGGAUCUGUUGGCAAAAUCUCACCCAUACAACCCACUGUGGGCUCAAUUAGGUGAUCUGUAUGGUGCAUUGGGCUCUCCAGUGAGAGUGUGUCGAACGGUGGUCGUGGGACGCAGGAGGGAGCUGGUACAGCGAGUCUUGUAUGUUCUGUCCUACUUCAUUCGCUGCUCAGACCUGCAGGAACAUGUACAACCUCAAGGACAGAUGAACGAUCCGGCCAAUCCCUGCACCUCUCAAACCACUGAUCCCACCUCUGGAAGUGAAAGGAUCAAUGAAAAAACAGACCCCUUAAAGCCCUCUCUUAGUGUUAUUGGAACCAGUGAAAAAGCACUGAACUCUGGCUUGGGCGAUGCCAUUCCAGGCACCUUUGUAGAACAAAAUGAUGAAACUAUUUUGACUGAUACAAAAUCAACUAAUCCAUCCCCCAGUAUGGAAUCGACCACUGUCAGGCCUGAAUGUACAGAAAUGGGACAGGAAUGUUUGGGAGAAGACAGUGACUCUGUUGGGGGUGGAUUAGAGCACAUUUUGGCCAAUCAGAGUCCUCUUCUGCAUAGGGUGCAGUUUCACAUUGGCAGCCCCAGGGAGGCAGAUAAUGACGGACAAGCCAGCGGUCUUACUGGGCUGGGGUGUGGGCGGGGAUUGGAUAGGAAGUUGCAUCAAAGGAUUUUGAGUGACAUACAAAGGAACGAGAGCUCCGAUAGUGCUCUGGGUGACAGUGAUGAUGAGGAAACAUCACCCCGAGAACUAUUCGUGGCUACUGAACAAAAGGAGUGCGAGUUACCACUGCCAAAUUAUCAGGUAGAGAGCCGAGCCAGUGUUAAUCAUUUUGGGCGUUCUUUGCUGGGUGGUUACUGUCCUCAAUACAUGCCUGACUUUGCCUUGCAUGGCAUCAGUUCUGAUCUCAGGCUCAAACAGUGCCUUAUGGCUGACCUGGAACACACUGUUCUUCAUCCGGCGCUGGAUGAACCCGUGGCCGAGGCUUUGUGCAUUGUGGCAGAUACAGACCGACUGAGUGUGCAGGUGAUGUCGAGUCAAAGGCGCGUGUGUGAAGGCGGGCGGAUGGGCAGGGACGUGAUGGUGUCCAACCUCAUACACACUCUCAUCACAUCGGUUCUGCAGCUAUAUGCGCUCAACAUCGCAACCGAUUUUUGCGUGAUGCAUCUGGAGGACCGGUUACAGGAGGUGUACUUUAAGAGUCGAUCCUUAGCAGAAUAUCUGAGAGGUCAAACCAGGGUCCAUGUAAAAGACCUGGGGCUGGCACUGGGAAUUGAGUCGAGUGACAUUCCAUUGCUUGCAGCAGUGGCCAGCACACACUCGCCCUACGUGGCUCAGAUCCUCCUUUAAAUAGACCAAAUUUCACAAAAAGGACCAAUCGGAAUGUGUUCCUGUUCUGCAUGGACCUGUAAGGAUCUAAAGAUGACCACACCAAUCAAGAUGCACUGUGCUCGACAACCAUUCGGAGCCUACACCCAGCCUUAAAAUACCAAUCAGAAUGCCUUGUUUGUCCAGCUGACAGUCUGUGUACGUACGUACGAGUGUGCAUCUGAAUAACUAUCUAUAGACUGAAACGGGCACCACACAGGGUCACUUAUUAAUGCUCUCCGAUUUUUUUAUCUGGUGUCUUUUAUGAAAGGAAAGGAAAGGAAAGGAAAGGAAGAGCAAGAAUAUAGACAAGCAUCAAUACACUUGAUCCUUCCGUACUAUGAUUGCUACCACUACAGUAUAUCUGAAUGCACAAGAGUGUAUUUAGGGGUAGUCCUCCCAAAAAGGAAAAUUAUUAUUAUUCUCUCACUUUCAUAUCAUGCCAAACCUGUAUGCAAGAUAUUUUAAAGUACAAUGGAAGUCCAGGGAACCAAAACUCUUUGGUUAUCCAUCAAUGUUCUUCAAAAUAACUUCUUUGUGUUCAGCAGAAGAAAAGAAGUCUUACAGUCAUACAUUUUUUUUUUAUUAUUAUUAUUAUCCGUUAUCAUAGUUUUUUACUCGGUGUGAUCUUGCGUUUUGUUUAAUCUGCAAUUGAACUAUUUUCCAUAGUCCAUAUUCUCCAGAAAACUGUGUGUGUGCCUCAAUCUUUGAAAGAUGAGAGAAUGUUUACAUAAUGAAAAAGUGGGUGUGAUGUUAAAUUGUGUUAAUUGUAAUUACUGGAGAGUCCACAGAUUGUGGAUUACAGUAUUAAUUUGGUGCUACUAUUGUGUCAAAGGCUUACUAAAGCACACGUUUACGCUCUGUCCUUGAGAAUGCUUUAUAUUUCUUUCAGUGGUGUUUUGCACUGAAUGACAUAAAUGUCACAGCAAUAGAACCCUAAUAGUAGUUUGUGACAUAAGACAUUGAAAAAAAACUUUUUUUUAUUGUUGUUUAUUGUUCCAUUUUAAAGAGCUAGAGAAAUAUGAUUAUUUUUUAUAUUUUCACAAAAUACUCUACCUCAAAUAAAAGAUCUGAAUGAAUGAGUUUGAACAGUCGGUAUCAGACAUCAAGGAUGCAGUGUGCUUUUAUCUUCAGUGAGUAUACACUUAAACGCUGCAUUCUGGAUUAAAACAUUACAUGUGCAAACGUCUUUAGUGAAUAUCUGUACUGAAAGGAAAUGUAAAUUUGUCUUGCUUUGUUUACAAUAGUGUUGGUGAGGUUGGGACUUUGGACACUAAGGUUUUGCUAUACUUUCAGUAGUCUCGUUUUACUUUUGGUCUGUUCCCUGCAUGGCGUUUAUACUCCAGGUUGAAUGUGGUUGAGUAUUUUGUCUGUGACAAUAUGGUGUUGCUAAGAACUGAAUUAGUGAAUAAACAAAUUGCCAGAAAUUGAACAACU